AUGAGAAUUCAUUGCAAAAUUGUUGUGAUCGCUGUCUGUUUUGGAGUUUUUUUACUUUUGUACUUUUUUUGGGGAAAUGCUGCAGACGGUCCGCCUUUCAAAGAAGUUGAAGAGGAUACCUAUUUUCCAAAGUCCUCGGGGCUUCGAAACAACGUUGCAUCAAAGUUAACAAAAAAAACUCUCGAUGAACUUCACAUUCCACACAAACAACCACUCACGUACCGAAAAGAAUCGAAAGUAGCCAGUAGAGGAGGCAAUGCGAUCGCAAAGAGGUAAGGAAUUAUCGCACCAUUACUCGCUUGCUAAUGUUGAUGUGAUUCAUGGGUUUUUUCUCCACGCCUAUUUUUUCAUCAACGUUUUGGAACAAAUUUAAAGAUGCAAUAUGUCUCAAAGGUUUGGGGAUUUUCUGCACUUUUAUUAUACGUAUUGCAUGACUAUCAGUUUACAGAGAUAGAUGGGGUUAUUCCCUGUGGAAGUUAUGGAAUGAGUCCACAUGUAUCCUGUCUUUCUCUCGUUAUUCAUUCAGGAAGACGUGCCCACCCACCCAAUGACUGAUCAAUAAAUGACUGAUCAAUGUAUUUAUGACAUGUAUUGCAAAGGUGUCACCUGUUCAGUGAGUUGUGUGCAUAUUUAAUCCCAACAUGAGCUCAUACAAGGGGUUUAAGAAAAAGUCUCAAGUGUAAAAAUAUUCUAAUUGUGUAGCUUUGUAAGCAACGAAUCGGACAUCUGUACCCCAUGGUCUCUGUGGGGUUUAUCCAUUUAUUUCCUGUGGUUAACGGGUUUAAAGGUCACCUUGAGAGGGUUUAAGAUUAUGGAAUAUACAUUAGUCCAAGGAGACCCAGUCAUUACACUACUGGGGAUUGAGGAGCAUACAUUGUACAUAUAUUUUAGAACUCUCAUCCACCUACAUCUUCAAGUCAAGAGGCUGAACUUGUCAAUGUGUAUAAUACGAUGUGUGAUGCCAUGUCCCUUCAAAGUGGACAAGCACCUCUAACAAAUAUAGAUGACCUCAACUAAUGGUCAAAACAGUCUGCACUUGAAAAUGACAUCCCGUGAUCUCAUCAUCCCCUCUUUCCUGUGCCUUGCAGACAAUAGCUAGACAAUGGGUUAACAUCGUUCACUAUUUCUGUCCAGGUGUGGACAUGUUUUUUAUUAUGUCUCCUAUUAUACUAAUUUGGGCCCUGCUCAAAUUCUUUCCCAAAACAUCUUCCAUUCGCUCUAUCACUGAUAAUAGCCCAGAUUUGAUAGUCAAAAGGCAAUGUUCUAAAAGCAGUGCUUUCUGUUGUAAUGCUUGCUUUCAUAUACAAUGUCCUGUUUGAUCAGUGAUCUGGUUGGAAGCAUUUAUAAAGCAUUCAGACUGGCCAUAGUGUCCUGGCAGUGACCACACCCACACGCAUGUGCUCUCUACUGAUAAGAGAAAUGGGGUGGAGGCCAAUGGUGAUGGAGGAAAAUGACUAAAGCAGGUUUUGCAAACAUAAAGCAGUAAGCGCUUUGACUAAAAAAAAAACACUGCACAUCUCCCUUAGCUUCAGGCCCUUUACCAUUGGUUCUGGUGAGGGGGAGGGCUGAAAGGGAGGCAUAGAAUUACCAUAAAAUAUAAGCUAUUAUGUUGUCUUGGUUACUCUUUCCUGCUCAUCUUUUUCAGUGUAAUUUUCCCAUCCUCAUCACUGCAAACGCAAUUGACUUCCUCUUACACACCUUUUAAUAGACAAACAUCUUUCCUUAUCAAACCAUUUCCUCUUGACGUAUCACUCUGCUUCCUGUGGAUAAAAGUAGGGAGAAGAGCUGCUUCCCUAACAGAUACCAUCGGAUGUCCCAGCUCACACUAAAUUCUACAGUCAUAAUAUCUUGUUGUAGACAAUUACACUGUAAUAACACUUUUAGUCAAUGUAUUCCACUGCUGAUGGAUGUUUCACAUCCACACUCAAUGUAGCAUGUAUUUCUCAGUCUGACUCACACAUUAAGGAAAAAUCGUCCAUGCAUGAUACUGUCCCCAUAAAAAAACACUUUCCUCCCAAUGGUUACAUCUGAUUUAAUAAGCCUUUUUAAACAAAUACCUUUCCCCAUCAUCUGGAAUACUGUAAAACAGUGUCCCCCGAGGCCAACAAGGUAUUCCGUUGCAGUGACAUGAUGUAAAGCUAUAAAAAUGUCAUCUUGGAUGACUGAAGACUGCUCUCUCUCUUUCUGCAGGGCUUUGAAAUCUCCCUGCUUACCCGAGCAUCCUGGCAAGGUUUGAGAGACUUCUUAUGUGGGCCUCAUCAGGGGGAAAAAGCUCUCUUUUUGCUAGCUCACUCACUUAAACUGCAGGGGAGUGGCCCAAGGAAGGAGAGAAAGAGAGAUAAAGUACCUCCUGGCAGACAUGGGCAGAGGCUGGCGUUGAGUAACUGGGAAAAUCUGUUAAACUGAAUACACGUAGCUAGGGGUGAGACUUUACUUUAUUGAAAUCAGAGGAGGCUGGUGGGAGGAGCUAUAGGAGGACGGGCUCAUUGUGAUGGCUGGCAUGGAAAGGAGUCAAACGUGGUUUCCACAUGUUUGAUGUGUUUGAUACCGUUCCAUUCAUUCCAUUACAGACAUGAGCCUGUCCUCCUAUACACUACCAGUCAAAAGUUUGGACACACCUACUCAUUCAAGGGGUUUUCUUAAUUUUUUACUAUUUUUUACAUUGUAGAGUAAUAGUGAAGACAUCAACUAUGAAAUAACACAUAUGGAAUCAUGUAGUAAUCAUAGCGCUUGAUGGUUUUUGCGACUUCACUUGAAGAAACUUUCAAAGUUCUUGAAAUUUUCGGUAUUGACUGACCUUCAUGUCUUAAAGUAAUAAUGGACUGUCAUUUAUCUUUGCUUAUUUGAGCUGUUCUUGCCAUAAUAUGGACUUGGCCUUUUACCAAAUAGGGCUAUCUUCUGUAUACCCCCCUACCUUGUCACAGCACAACUGAUUGGCUCAAACGCAUUAAGAAGGAAAUAAAUUCCACAAAUUCACUUUUAAGAAGGCACACCUGUUAAUUGAAAUGCAUUCCAGGUGACUACCUCAUGAAGCUGGUUGAGAUAAUGCCAAGAGUGUGCAAAGCUGUCAUCAAGGCAAAGGGUGGCUAUUUGAAGAAUCUCAAAAACAAAAUAUAUUUAGAUUUGUUUAACACUUUUUUGGUUACUACAUGAUUUCAUAUGUGUUCUUUCAUAGUUUUGAUGUCUUCACUAUUAUUCUACAAUGUAGAAAAUAGUACAAAUAAAGAAAAACCCUGGAAUGAGUAGGUGUGUCCAAACUUUUGCCUGGUACUGUAGCUCCUCCCACCAGCCUCCUCCCACCAGCCACAUUUUCAGAUUUUUCUAAAACCUCUGAUAGAAUUCCUUUCACAGGUUUCAUCCAAGCCUUCAGUGCAUUGCAGUAGUGGCUCGUAUCUGAUUAAAUGUCUAAAUAGUUUAAGUAAUGUUUGAUAGAUUUGUUGAUUAAGGUAAGCCGUGUUGUCACUGUGCUCUUUUAAGCUGUUUUCUCUUUCUUCAUGAUUUGAAAGACAUUGUUGCGAGCCCAAGACCACGUAGGCACAGUACUCUCUGUUGUCAAUAAUUAGUGCAGUCCUUGUUGUAUCCCUUCAGAGCUAGUCUGAGUUUGUCAAAAUGUUUGUCAAAAUGUUUCCCAAAUUUUUUUUUUCCAAAAUAGUUCUAACGCUAUGUAAGAUUACCUCACAUGAGCAGCAUGUUCUUCUUACAAUAGAUAAUGGGGCUUUGUUUGGUCUAACUGUGUUCACAACAUUCAUUUCACUGAUCCAGGCCAUCUAUAAAGCAAUGCAGUAUGUAUCAUAGAACAACACAUUUGCUGAGCAUUUAUGGUUAGGUUGCAGGUUAAAAGACAAUAUGCCUCUCCAUCAGUAUUUUUUAUGUAUAAUUUUCUCCCUAGUAAUAACGUACACAGUACAUGUUCAUAAACACUAAUUGUUCUGGAAAGAGCCUCUGCCACCAAAGCCUAGAGGACAGGUUUCUCUGAGGUCUGCCAUCCAUCGUAAUCUGUGUUGCAUGAUUGUCCCUCAGCCAUGCAGAAAACAAAGUGUCAUGCUUUGCGACUGUCCUGCAACCCACCUGUCAAAUUGCAGUUUCCCCCUUCAGAUUGUUCGACUAAUAGACACAUUCUUUGCCUUUGGGUAAACGUUGCACUUUCCUCUGGCAGAAUAGAAUGUUUCCUUUCCAAAAUCCUCACACAAAUGAGGGAUAGUGUUACAAAGGACACUUUGUUCUAAAGGAGGGUUUUUGUGACCAUGAGUUUGUGUUCUUCCUUUGCGUAUGCUAAUGUUUACAUUUACACGCACCAUUAAAAACCAGCCAAUACGGUGUAUACGUAAAAUGCAGCUCAGAGCAUUUAGGUCUAGUUCCCACAUUGAGUUAUACAAAUUUAAAAAUGUUCAGAGUGUGAUUUAUUCUGCUCUGCUGAAUCCAUUUGAAUUCAAUGGCAGUCUCUGCUGCUGUGCAGAGAGAGCAUUUUUACAUCAGCUAUAUAAACAACUUGGCCUUGAACAUGAGAGAACAAAGCCCAGUGGGUAUAUACAGACCUACACUACAGGUGAGGGAGAAGGGUAUGGUGAGGGAGUGCUGCUCACCCUGAGCAUAUGACAGGGAUGUCUUCAAGGAGGCCUUGAAUAUGAACAUGUGGGUUAGCUGUCUGUCAGUAGAAACAGUGUGAUGAUGUACUGUCUGGAAUAUACAGUUGAAGUCGGAAGUUUACAUACACCUUAGCCAAAUACAUUUAAACUCAGUUUUUCACAAUUCCUGACAUGUAAUCCUAGUAAGAAUUCCCUGUCUUAGGUCAGUUAGGAUCACCACUUUAUUUUAAGAACGUGAAAUGUCAGAAUAAUAGUAGAGAGAAUUAUUUAUUUCAGCUUUUCUUUCUUUCAUCACAUUCCUAGUGGGUCAGAAGUUGACAUACACUCAAUUAGUAUUUGGUAGCAUUGCCUUUUAAAUUGUUUAACUUGGGUCAAAUGUUUCAGGUAGCCUUCUACAAGCUUCCCACAAUAAGUUGGUUGAAUUUUGGCCCAUUCCUCCAGACAGAGUUGGUGUAACUGAGUCAGGUUUGUAGGCCUCCUUGCUCGCACACGCCUUUUCAGUUCUGCCCACAAACUUUCAAUAGGAUUGAGGUCAGGGCUUUGUGAUGGCCACUCCAAUACCUUGACUUUGUUGUCCUUAAGCCAUUUUGCAACAACUUUGGAAGUAUGCUUGGGGUCAUUGUCCAUUUGGAAGACCCAUUUGAGACCAAGCUUUGACUUCCUGACUGAUGUCUUGAGAUGUUGCUUCAAUAUAUCCACAUCAUUUUCCUUCCUCAUAAUGCCAUCUAUUUUGUGAAGUGCACCAGUCCCUCCUGCAGCAAAGCACCCCCACAGCAUGAUGCUGCCACCCCGUGCUUCACGGUUGGGAUGGUGUUCUUCGGCUUGCAAGCGUUCCCCCUUUUCCUCCAAACAUAACGAUGGUGAUUAUGACCAAAACAGCUCUAUUUUUGUUUCAUCAGACCAGAGGACAUUUCUCCAAAAAGUACGAUCUUUGUCCCCAUGUGCAGUUGCAAACCGUAGUUGUUCUGGGAUUGAUUUGCACUUUUCGCACCAAAGUAUGUUCAUCUCUAGGAGACAGAACGCGUCUUCUUCCUGAGCGGUAUGACGGCUGCGUGGUCCCAUGGUGUUUAUACUUGCGUACUAUUGUUUGUACAGAUGAAUGUGGUACCUUCAGGCGUUUGGAAAUUGUCAAGCAAACAGGCACUGAGUUUGAAGGUAGGCCUUGAAAUGCAUCCACAGGUACACCUCCAAUUGACUCAAAUGAUGUCAAUUAGCCUAUCAGAAGCUUCUAAAGCCAUGACAUCAUUUUCUGGAAUUUUCCAAGCUGUUUAAAGGCACAGUCAAUUUAGUGUAUGUAAACUUCUGACCCACUGGAAUUGUGAUACAGUGAAAUAAUCUGUCUGUAAACAAUUGUUGGAAAAAUUAUGUGUCAUGCGCAAAGUAGAUGUCCUAACCGACUUGACAAAACUAUAGUUUGUUAACAAGAAAUUUGUGGAGUGGUUGAAAAACAAGUUUUAAUGACUCCAACCUAAGUGUAUGUAAACUUCCGACAUCAACUGUAUGUGUCUAAGGCACGUCCUAUCAUGUUCAGAUGUGUUCUUAUGGUGAAGAAGUUGCUAUGGAGCGGCACGGUUCUGCCGUUCUGAUGACAGUUGAUGAGCAGUCUUGAGGAGCCUUCUGUAAGCUGAGAGUCUCAUACUUGUUGCCCCUGUGUGUAUCCCUGUAGCAGACAGAGGAGUGACAUGGGAGUGGGCCUGGGCUGGCCCGCAUCGAAGCGCGCCCGUGCUGAGGAGGUCAUGCACCUGGCCGUGGUGGCCUGUGGGAACCGCCUGGAUGAGACGCUCACCAUGUUCAAGUCAGCCCUCCUCUUCAGCAUCAAGAGGAUCAAGUUCCACAUCUUUGCAGAGGACCCCUUGACCUCACAGUUUGAUAAGGGGGUAAGUACCCUCAGGCUAGUACCAAAGUACAUGAUCUAGGCCAGGGCUGCCCAACCCUCUUCCUGGAGAUCUACCGUCCUGUGGGUUUUCAGUCCAACCCUAAUUUAACACACCUGAUUCUACUUACUAGCUGAAUCAUAUAUGCUAAAUUAGGGUUGGACUGAAAACCUACAGGACAGUAGAUCUCCAGGAAGAGGGUUGGGCAGCCCUGAUCUAGGCUUUGGGUACGGUACAGUGACUUGCGAAAGUAUUCACCCCCUUGGCAUUUUUCCUAUUUUGUUGCCUUACAACCUGGAAUUAAGAUGGAUUUUUGGGGGAUUUGUAUCAUUUGAUUUACACAACAUGGCUACCACUUUGAAGAUGCAAAAUAUUUUUUCUUGUGAAACAAACAAGAAAUAAGACCAAAAAAAACAGAACUUGAACGUGCAUAACUAUUCACCCCCCCCCAAAGUCAAUACUUUGUAGAGCCAUCUUUUGCAGCAAUUACAGCUGCAAGUCUCUUGGGGUAUGUCUCUAUAAGCUUGGCACAUCUAGACACUGGGAUUUUUGCCCAUUCUUCAAGGCAAAACUGCUCCAGCUCCUUCAAGUUUGAUGGGUUCUGCUGGUGUACAUCAAUCUUUAAGUCAUACCACAGAUUCUCAAUUGGAUUGAGGUCUGGGCUUUGACUAGGCCAUUCCAAGACAUUUCAAUGUUUCCCCUUAAACCACUCAAGUGUUACUUUAGCAGUAUACUUAGAGUCAUUGUCCUGCUGGAAGGUGAUCCUCCGUCCCAGUCUCAAAUCUCUGGAAGACUGAAACAGGUUUCCCUCAAGAAUGUCCCUGUAUUUGGCGCCAUCCAUCAUUCCUUCAAUUCUGACCAGUUUCCAAGUCCCUGCCGAUGAAGAACAUCCCCACAGCAUGAUGCUGCCACCACCAUGCUUCACUGUGGGGAUGCUGUUCUCAGGGUGAUGAGAGGUGUUGGGUUUGCGCCAGACAUAGUGUUUUCCUUGAUGGCCAAAAAAGCUCAAUUUUAGUCUCAUCUGACCAGAGUACCUUCUUCCAUAUGUUUGGGGAGUCUCCCACAUGCCUUUUGGCGAACACCAAACGUGUUUGCUUAUUUUUUUCUUUAAGCAAUGGCUUUUUUCUGGCUACUCUUCUGUAAAGCCCUGCUCUGUGGAGUGUAUGGCUUAAAGUGGUCAUAUGGACAGAUACUCCAAUCUCCGCUGUGGAGCUUUGCAGCUCCUUCAGGGUUAUCUUUGGUCUCUUUGUUGCCUCUCUGAUUAAUGCCCUCCUUGCCUGGUCCGUGAGUUUGGGUGGGCGGCCCUCUCUUGGCAGGUUUGUUGUGGUGCCAUAUUCUUUACAUUUUUUAAUAAUGGAUUGAAUGGUGCUCCGUGGGAUGUUCAAAGUUUCUGAUAUUUUUUUAUAACCCAACCCUGAACCUUUCAUAACAGGUGUAUAUAUACUGAGAUCAUGUGACAGAUCAUGUGACACUUAGAUUGCACACAGGUGGACUUUAUUUAACUAAUUAUGUGACUUCUGAAGGUAAUUGGUUGCACCAGAUCUUAUUUAGGGGCUUCAUAGCAAAGGGGGUGAAUACAUAUGCACGCACCACUUUUCUGUUAUUUAUUUUUUAGAAAUCUUUGAAACAAGUUAUUUUUUUCAUUUCACUUCACCAAUUUUGACUAUUUUGUGUAUAUCCAUUACAUGAAAUCCAAAUAAAAAUCCAUUUAAAUUACAGGUUGUAAUGCAACAAAAUAGGAAAAACGCCAAGGGGGAUGAAUAGUUUUGCAAGGCACUGUAUAUUUCUGAAAAAGCACCACUGUAAUUCUUAAUGAAAUAUAAGCUUAUUUGAAUAUUUUCAAAGAAUCUAAUACCUUUCAUACAUACAGGAUCUCGUUUAGUGUUCUUCCCUGCUCAGUAAUAGAUGACAUUCACUGCCAGAUCGGAGUAUUAGCAUGUUUUGAACUCCCUCUCACUUGCCCUCUAACAUCUUACAGGCAUCAGACCCUUUUAUCUCAAGGUCGGAUCAUAUAUCCCCCAGACAUUUGCCUCACUGCAUUAACCAUGCAACAUUUCACAGUCACCAUUAGUUAGUUUAUUCACGACUUAAGCUUUACCAAAGUCAAUGUCUUAUGCUACUGUGUAACGGUAAACCUAAAGGUGAUAGCCUAAAUCAGGGCUCUCCAGCCCUGUUCCUGGAGAUCUACCGUCCUGUAGGUUUUCGCUCCAACCCUAAUCUAGCACACCUGAUUCUAAUAAUUAGCUGGUUGAUAAGCUGAACCAGAUUAGUUACAACUGGGGUUGAAGUGAACCUACAGGAGAGUAGCUCUCCAGGAACAGGGUUGGAGAGCCCUGGCCUACAUAAACGAAAACAGCGUGCAUGCAUGGGGCUACAUACCCUUUGUGUGUUUAUGGGUCAUGGUAUGUUUACCAUCUGAGAACCCCCUCUUUGUAAUUGGCUUCAUGCUAGCCAGGAAGUUGAGUUGGUUAAACCCAAAAAUUAGUAGCAUAUGUGCAGGAGAUGGAAUGUUCCACAUCCGGCCUGCCUGUGCUGAUGAAAAAGGAGUUAGAAGUGAGAUAAAAAUGUUUCUGACCUCUGAUCUGUGCACCUCGUCAGCAGAAAUCCUGCCAGCUCUGCACACUCUGAUCUUUGUCUCAUGGCCAAAUUGUUUAAUAAUGUUGAUGAUUAUGGAGGGCUUGAGUAUCUAACAGAGCAGAAAAUCGUAGGCUUCUAUUUGUGACAGCAGUGUUGACUUUGAUGGGGUAACCCUCAGGCUUGGACAGAAUGGGCCUCAUAUUUGCUACCUCAUUUUGUUUAGAUUAGUUUAACUGGAAGUUGGGUGUAGUUAUAGCAACAGCUGGCGGCAUUAUGGUCAAUGUACAACACCGCUGCACUUACUGUAAAGAUAUUACUUCAUUGGUUUACAAGGACUUCCUUAGGUGUUUAUGUAGACUUGAACUCUCAGGAGUGUAUCAUGUGUCAGAAUAAUGAAUAUUUCCAUUUGCUCUCUCAGUGAUCGCUCUCCUCUACACCUCUUGACUCAACCUUCUGAAAAUGCGCUCAAGUUGUGCUUUUGUUUCUUUGUAAAUUAGAUAUGUGAUGAUAAAUGAGACUUCCUGUGAUUGCAUCUAAAAAUGGCUGUGCUACCUCUCACAGUGAAUGUUUAUUAACUUUGUGUAGUUUUUCUUUCAGCUGAGCCAGUGGCCCCAUGCUAUCACAAACAAGUUCCAGUACAGUAUCUACCCAAUCACGUUCUCUGUGGGGAAUGCAGAGGAAUGGAAAAAGCUGUUCAAGCCCUGCGCUGCCCAGAGGCUGUUUCUCCCUGUAAGGCUGCAGCACAUCGUCUCUCUUAUCUCUCUGUGUACUUAUCAUAAUUACUGCACUGUUGGAGCUAGAAACAUAGGCAUUUCGCUGCACCUGCGAUAACAUCUGCAAAUAUGUGUACGCGACCAAUAAACUUUUAUUUGAAUCAUAUCUAUCAAACAUAUAAACUGAUUCUUUAAACUGAUAAAGCUAUAUUCAUUAGAAAAUGUGUUACGGUAAUUGCCCAUGUCAUCGGUUUUCUUAGUUCCAUGCCACUGAGCUGCAUCCUGACCCCAAUGCAUUUUCAAUUAGAUACGUUUAGCUUGAUUUACGCAGGCAGAAGAAUGAUAUACCCAGGUAAUAAUAGUGUGAAUACUUUAUGAUGGGUUUUACUUGUUGAUAUAUAAUCAGUUACCUCAGUAUGAUAAUAUAUGGUUUUAUUCAUACCCAUUGACCGUUACUUAACAAACAAACAAUCCCCAGAGAUUUAAUUAAAUAACUUAAUUAAAGCAUUGCCAUGGCCAUUCAUUGACAUUUUAAUGGACAAUCUUUGAAUCAUCAAACCGUGUGCACACAUUGCUUUGUUUUUGUACACAUUGCAUUGCACAGUUGUAAAAAGUGGUAAACAAUCCAAAGCAAUCCAUGAUUGCAAUUUUAUUGAUUGGCAGAUGAUGCUCCACAAACCCUAUACUUUGCAGGAGCCGAGUGCUAUUUGAUUCUCAUCAGGAACAGAUUGCUUUGUGAUUUUAUUCUUCCCUCAAGCCAUUGUAGGUUUUGAGAUGGUACAUAAUGCAUGUAUAUGGGACUGUCACUGGAAUAAGAGGAAAUGAAUUAUUCUGAUAGUAACCUACACAUGAUGAUUGUCGUGACAACAGGUGAUCCUGAAGGAUGUAGACUCUUUACUCUACGUGGAUACAGAUGUGCUGUUCCUCAGGCCCAUGGAUGAUAUGUGGAGUUUCCUCAAGGCCUUCAACACCACCCAGCUGGCUGCUAUGGCCCCAGAGCAUGAGAUCCCGAAGAUAGGCUGGUAUAGCCGCUUCGCACGCCACCCCUUCUACGGGGUCACCGGGGUCAACUCAGGAGUCAUGCUGAUGAACCUCACAAGGAUACGAAGCACUCUGUUCAAAGUAAGGAACAUCAUCAAUCAAUCAGCCUUUUGGUCAUCAUCCCUGUUUGGUAUUUUGGUCAUGCCUGCCCUGUUUUCCACCUGAAAGCUGCAAGGCGAUUGGUUUUAUCAAUCAAUCGUAUCUAUCUGAAGCCAACCAGCAACAGAUGUGUCACUUACUGGCAGUCAGUGUCAACAAUCUGAAUGCUCAGAGUAGAGUAGACUGACUGAGGCUCUGCGAUCACCACACUCACAUUAAAGCACUGCUUCAGCACAUUCAAGCUCAAAUUGGCAUUUCUCUGCAACCAAGAAAGAGCAGUACAAAUUGUAACGUGGGCAAUUCUUGGCAAAAACUAACUUUGCUCUUUUGAAAUCAGACAUUUCUGUAGUGUUUGAUGUGUAGCUACUCCUUAGGCUGUGGAGUAAACCAGUACUUGUUCCUAUUCCAGAACAGCAUGAUACCCAGUGGCCUGUCAUGGGAGGACCUCCUCCACCCACUCUACCAGAAGUACAAGAACCACAUCACCUGGGGUGACCAAGACCUCUUAAAUAUAAUCUUCCACUACAACUCAGGUACACUCUUCCUCCCUCUCUCUUCCACUACAAAUCUUGGCCCGGUUUCCCGAUAGCGAUGGAACUUAGGCUUACGUGUUUUAACGAUGCAUCUUUCCUACAGCGGCCAAAGAUGUAACAUGCAUUUCCCAAAACACCACGCAGAGAGAAUAGUCGCUAAGUGCGUCGUUGGAGCAUUUGUCAAUAAUGAUAGGAUCGAAGGAAAGGGAGCGCUGCUCUCGGGUCAGCUUUCUCAAUUCAAAUCUUACCAUAACAUUAUACAGUUGAAGUCGGAAGUUUACAUACACUUUAGCCAAAUACAUUUAAACUCAGUUUUUCACAAUUCCUGACAUUUAAUCCUAGUAAAAAUUCCCUGUCUUAGGUCAGUUAGGAUCACCACUUUAUUUUAAGAAUGUGAGAUGUCAGAAUAAUAGUAGAGAGAAUGAUUUAUUUAUUUCAGCUUUUAUUUCUUUCAUCACAUUCCCAGUGGGUCAGAAGUUUACAUACACUCAAUUAGUAUUUGGUAGCAUUGCCUUUAAAUUGUUUAACUUGGGUCAAACGUUUCGGGUAGCCUUUCACAAGCUUCCCACAAUAAAUUGGGUGAAUUUUGGCCCAUUCCUCCUGACAGAGCUGGUGUAACUGAGUCAGGUUUGUAGGCCUCCUUGCUCGCACACGCUUUUUCAGUUCUGCCCACAAAUGUUCUAUAGGAUUGAGGUCAGGGCUUUGUGAUGGCCACUCCAAUACCUUGACUUUGUUGUCCUUAAGCCAUUUUGCCAUAACUUUGGAAGUAUGCUUGGGGUCAUUGUCCAUUUGGAAGACCCAUUUGCGACCAAACUUGAACUUCCUGACUGAUGUCUUGAGAUGUUGCUUUAAUAUAUCCACAUAAUUUCCCUUCCUCAUGAUGCAAUCUAUUGUGUGAAGUGCACCAGUCCCUCCUGCAGCAAAGCACCCCCACAGCAUGAUGCUGCCACCCCCAUGCUUCACGGUUGGGAUGGUGUUCUUCGGCUUGCAAGUUUCCCCCCUUUUCCUCCAAACAUAACGAUGGUCAUUAUGGCCAAACAGUUCUAUUUUUGUUUCAUCAGACCAGAGGACAUUUCUCCAAAAAGUACGAUCUUUGUCCCCAUGUGCAGUUGCAAACCGUAGUCUGGCUUUCUUAUGGUGGUUUUGGAGCAGUGGCUUCUUCCUUGCUGAGCGGCCUUUCAGGUUAUGUCGAUUAUAGGACUCGUUUUACUGUGGAUAUAGAUCAUUUUGUCCCUGUUUCCUCCAGCAUCUUCACAAGGUCCUAUUGCUGUUGUUCUGGAAUUGAUUUGCACUUUUCGCACCAAAGUACGUUCAUCUCUAGGAGACAGAACGCGUCUCCUUCCUGAGCAGUAUGACAGCUGCGUGGUCCCAUGGUGUUUAUACUUGCGUACUAUUGUUUGUACAGAUGAACGUGGUACCUACAGGCGUUUGGAUAUUUCUCCCAAGGAUUUUUCUGAGGUCUUGGCUGAUUUCUUUUGAUUUUCCCAUGAUGUCAAGCAAAGUGGCACUGAGUUUGAAGGUAGGCCUUGAAAUACAUCCACAGGUACACCUCCAAUUGACUCAAAUUAUGUCAAUUAGCCUAUUAAAGGCACAGUCAACUUAGUGUAUGUAAACUUCUGACCCACUGGAAUUGUGAUAUACUGAAUUAUAAGAGAAAUAAUCUGUCUGUAAACAAUUGUUGGAAAAAUUACUUGUGUCAUGCACAAAGUAGAUGUCCUAACCGACUUGCCAAAACUAUAGUUUGUUAACAAGAAAUUUGUAGAGUGGUUGAAAAAUCAGUUUUAAUGACUCCAACCUAAGUGUACGUAAACUUCCGACUUCAACUGUAAUUAUUUCACAAUACUGAUGACGGAUCAGCUCCUAGAGAGAGAUAUUACCACCUACGGCUGCAAAUAUUGAGGCGGCUUAUUCUAAUGCUUACCCAAUAAAAAUGCAUUAAAUCACUGCUUUGGCACAUCAUUGCACGCACAUCAUAAAAUAUGAGACAAAUUACAGACAGUAGCCUACAAGUAGCAAAAUAGAACUCAAUUUAUUGAACAUGAAAUGUAUGUACAGUAAUGCCUAAAAAUCUGCCAUUCUGCACUUGAGCAAGGCAGUUAACCCCCAACAACAACUGCUCCCCAGGCACCGAUGACGUCGAUUAAGACAGCCCCCCGCACAUCUCUGAUUCAGAGGGGUUGGGUUAAAUGCGGAAGACACAUUUCGGUUGAAUGCAUUCAGUUGUGCACCUGACUAGGUAUUUCUAUUUUAAUGCAUUUAUCAUAUUUGUAUAUGUUGCGUGUUUGUAUAAAUUGCUAAGAUAUUGGUAACUUUGUAUUUGUAGUCAAUUUUGUUAUGAAGUUAUCAGCGGUCAUAGAGAAACGAUAAACCAUGUGGUUCUAUGUUUAGCGUAGAUCUUUUGUGUAGAAAGUGAUGCAGGAGGGCAAAAAAGCAUCUAACGACACACUUAGCUGUUCUACGAGUGGUCUGAGGCAGGUGUUAGAUUACGAGAGAUUUCUAGUGCAACGUCAAUAAUGAUGGUUUUGGGAAACGGCUAAGAGAUGUAACGAUGCUCCUCCGAAGGUUCUAACGAUAAAUUUAGCCUUAAGAUGCUUUUGGAAAACUGUGCCCAGGUACACUCUGCCUCCCUCUGUCUUCCUCAAUGUAGCAGAGUGCUGUCAUUGAUUUGGAAGAAAUGAUCAACUACAAAUAGGAAAAUAAAGUUGUAUAUAAUUUCACCGCCAUUCAUGUUGACAGCAAGAGCAAGAGCUGUACUUAGGCCUGUAUCAAAUUACAAUGUUUCCCCAAAACGUGAUUCCAAAGGGUGUUUGCGUGAAUGUCAGCUUGAAUGGAAUUCAAUAUAAUUCCUUCAAGCAGGUGUAGUUAUUGGUUUUCUCUAAUACAACCACAAGAAAUAACUCUCCUGAAUUAAGUCAAUUAUGUGGAACUAAACAAGCCUGUGGCUGCAGCAGCAGAUUGACACAGGUGCAGUCUGCGAGAUGGGUAUUACGUGUUCCAAGCCUUAAGUAGACUUGGCAGUAGCAUUGUUUGUCUGACAACAUGAAUGGAACCUGUCCAGGAAAUAACCAUUCCCCUAACAGCAUCCCCAAAUGGAAAGACAGGGCCAUGUGGUGGGAACAGCCAGUUACUGUAAUAUCUGCCUUGCCAUGGAAACAUGUGUCUGGCAUAUCUGAUCUUUCUCUUUUACUGCCCAUGUUUCUGGUUUAAGGGGAUACUCUGUUGGUGUUUUUCUCCCUUCACAAGCCAGGAGUUGAUGCAGUUUAAAAGGACUACAAUCCUUGUAGUUGUGAAGCAAGCAAUUUGAUAAUUGUUAAAUCAGCAAAGCAAAACAUAUAAGGGUUCUGAACGAUUAGCAUUGCAGGUUGAAGUCAUUAGGUUUAUUUUUUCUAAAUGUUCUUUGGCACUAACAUUGAGUUUUUUAAAAUACUGGUAUCAGAGACCAUAUACACUGUGGUAAUCUUGGGGACAUUGUGCAGAAAUCUGAUGUAACAGACAUAAAACUGUGUUUUACUGUGUUUGCAGAGUGUCUGUACAACUUCCCAUGCCAGUGGAACUACAGGCCUGAUCACUGCAUGUAUGGGAGCAACUGUAAAGGAGCCGAGGAGGAAGGUGUGUCCAUUCUCCAUGGGAACCGAGGAGUGUAUCACGACGACAAGCAACCAGCCUUUAAAGUAGUGUAUGACGCAAUACAUGAGGUAAGAAUAAUCUAUUCAUUUUAGUGUAUUAUUGUUUCACUAAAAACUGUGAGUUUCAUUACUAGAUUGCCGGUUACAUCCUCUGGGACAAAGCCAACAAAAUGAAAGGGGAGGCUCUGGUAUUAAAACCUUCUGUCCUUUGUCCUUUUCUCUCCUUGGACAGCAAACGCUGUGGACAUGUUUACAUAAGGAAAUCCUUGUCUCACAGCAACAUCAGCCCCCUCUGCUGUCCAUAGAUACGCCUUUUAUUAACCAGAUGAUAUGAUUCAUAUGCAUCCCCCUCUACAGUGCCUACAGUAGGCAAUGGCACAGUUGAUUUAUAAGUGGUUUGAUAAGCUACCACUACUGGUGUCUAACCCUGAGGCAUGCAAUGGUUCUGUUUUGUAGUACCCCUUUGAGGACAACUUGUUCCAGUCGCUGUUCUAUCCCCUCCAGACCAAGUUUCUGGACACAGUCAACACCCUGUGUGGUCGGAUUCCCCAGGUGUUCCUCAAACAGGUGGAGAAGACCAUGAGGACUGUGUACGAGAAGAAAGUGGUCCGUCAUGUGAGGCCUCCACCUAAAUAA